UGCGUAAUUUGGAGACGAGAUGAGGAACCAAAGCGGCGAGGUGAUGGAUACUAUUCAACCCAUCUGGAACUUCAGCGACUCGUUCGCCAACCAAACCUCUGACCUCUUCUCCAACUCGUCCUGCAACCAGUCCACCAAUGACUCCUCCUCCUCCUCUUGCGCCGCCCCUGACGAUGGCUCGGCCUACGGGAGCUCUUACAAAACCGUGGAGAUGUUUUUUAUCGCCUUGGUUACCGGAUCCCUCAGCCUCGUCACCGUAACUGGAAAUAUCCUCGUCAUGCUGUCCAUCAAAGUCAACCGCCACCUCCAAACCGUCAACAACUACUUCCUGUUCUCGCUAGCUUGCGCAGACUUGAUCAUCGGGGUGUUUAGCAUGAACUUGUACACGGUUUACAUCAUCGUGGGGUACUGGCCGUUGGGUCCGGUGGUGUGCGACUUGUGGUUGGCGCUAGAUUACGUGGUCUCCAAUGCGUCGGUGAUGAAUUUGUUGAUUAUAAGUUUCGAUCGGUACUUCUGCGUGACCAAGCCGCUGACGUACCCUACCAGGAGGACUACAAAGAUGGCGGGGCUGAUGAUCGCGGCGGCCUGGAUCCUGUCCUUCAUCCUGUGGGCGCCCGCCAUCUUGUUUUGGCAGUUUAUCGUCGGGCAGAGGACGGUGCCACCUAGGGAGUGCUACAUACAGUUCCUGUCCAACCCCGCCGUCACCUUCGGGACCGCCAUCGCCGCCUUCUACCUCCCCGUGGUCAUCAUGACGGUCCUGUACAUCCACAUCUCCCUGGCCUCCCGCAGCCGAGUGUCCAAACAGAAGAGCGACAAGAAGGACAAGAAAACGCCAAACUUACUGAAGAACCACCUGUUGAAGCAGAACAACAACAACGAGCCCAGCCCGCCCCCCACCGCCUGCCCCGACUCCACCCCCAAACUGAGCCUGGACACCAGCACCUCGGCAGCAGACGCCCUGAAGAACGGGAGGCCGGGGGAGGAGGGGAGGGGACAGCAGGGGCCAUCAGCGCAGCCCAGCCCGAGACUAGCACAGGAGGAGAAGGAGAGCUCCAAUGACUCCACCACAGCCAUCAUCCCUCCUUCAGAGCCCAAAGACAACACCAACAACGAGGUGAGCUCCAAACUCCCAAGCGAAAAGGUCAACACCCUCAGCACAUCGACCCCAAACACCGCCGCCGGCAAAGUGAACGCUGCCUCCCGGUGGUCUAAGAUCAAGAUCGUGACCAAGCAGGCCGGAGACGAGUGCAUCACCGCUAUCGAGAUCGUCCCACCUGUAGAAGGCGCUGAGGGACACUCCAUCCCGAUCAGCAGACCCAGGACCGUGGCCCGGAAAUUCGCCAGCAUCGCCCGCAGCCAGAUGAAGAGGAAGAGGCAGAUGGCGGCCCGUGAGAAGAAGGUAACCAAGACCAUCUUCGCCAUCCUCCUCGCCUUCAUCAUCACGUGGACUCCUUACAACGUUAUGGUCUUGAUCUCCACGUUUUGCCAGUCGUGUGUGCCUGAUACCGUGUGGGCGAUCGGCUACUGGCUGUGCUACGUCAACUCAACCAUCAACCCGGCCUGUUACGCCCUCUGCAACGCUACGUUCAAGAAGACGUUCCGCAACCUCCUGCUGUGUCAGUAUAAGAACAUUGGCACCAGAUGA